GGCGCUCGGGGGAUGCAGGCUUCUCCGCACCCUGCGGCUCGAUCAAUGUGCGUUUCAUCAUCUGAAUAAAAUCCCCGGCAUCACAAAACAGCUACGUUCGCAACAACCGUAAUCCGUAAUUUGCAUCCAACGCAACACAACUACUCCUAAACUAUUAUUCGCAAAACACAAAACAUUUGCAAAAACUAAGUAUUGUUCAGUGUUCACAUCACUAAACGUGGCUGGAUUGUUCUUCGACCAUCUUUCGGGUUAACAUCAUAUUAAUCUGCUCGUCUAGUACGAGCAAUGGAAGAAGUCCUACCGGAAGGCAAACAUUUCAAAUUGGUAAAAGAAGAAGAGCUUCCGGAUUUACUCGAUUUGCUGGGGAAUUAUUUACCGGAUUCUAUUAAGUUUCAUCAAACGGUGAAGACUUACAUGACCGAUCGCGUUUGGAAUUUUCAUUUCUACGUCGCAAAGAACUGGCCGGACGAAAUGGUCGCGCUGCAUUUUCCAGGCAUGACAAGCACGCCGGAGGGAAAUUUGUACGCUAGCUUCGCAGUGUUUUGUCCGAACGAUCGACUCGACGAUCUGCAACUUUUGUUCGACGAAGACACGCUGAUUGACUGGGCGCGCCCAAUUUCGCUAAACUUUACGCACGCUGACAUCGUCGCUCGAAUGGAGGAGUUCUACGAGGGGCGCGGCCAAGUCGAGAAGCUAUACGGAGACAUUUAUUCUUUGAUGGACAAUGUUUUAGUUGAAGAAGAUGAAAUUGAUACGACAUUUCCAGAGGGUGCGGAGAUGCAGCAGCUAACUCCCGAGUACGCCGUCGAAAUUCACGACCUGUACCCGGCGAAUCACAUGGAGAGCGUGGAGGUAUUCGGCCGGCUGAUGGAGCGCCUGCCUUGCUACGGUGUGUUCUCGUCAGAGGGCGAGCUUGCCGCCUGGAUGGUGCAAUCCUAUUACGGCGCCAUGUUUUCGAUGCAAACGAAACCCGAGUUUCGGCGUAAAGGUUACGGUAUUCGACUGGCGAAAUGCUUGACGAACGCCGUUACCAAACGCGGAUAUAUUCCUUUCGUCGUCAUCCGGCCGGAGAACGACGCCUCGCAGAGCCUGUACGCGAAGCUCGGUUUCAAGAAGUACUUCCAGACGGUGCGUGCGAUCCUGCGGCCGCACGAGCUCGCCAGCGACGAACAGGGCGGCGGGGGGACGAACGGCACGCACGAACCCGAGCCGUAAGCUCCCCCGCCCACCAACAAAUGCACACACAACAGACAAAAAGUGAACAUAAUUAACGAUGUAGGAAUCCGUUGAGGGUAGAAAACAGGCGAUGGAUAACGUACUAAUGCAUUUUCUUGUUGAUUAAGAGGUUUUAACGUUUAAGACGACCGCGAGAGGGCGCGCGUCGACAGUGCGCGCAGCUUUUAGGACUUGGACUGUAAAAGACAAAAAAAAAAUACGCACAGCUAUCUAAGGGCUAUGAAAACAACGCGCGCAGCUUUAUUCGAUUACUUAAAACCUUCGACGAGGUGAACACACACGAAAGACAGCAGAUAUAUUUAUAACGUAACCUAGAGAUACCAAAAAAAGUUAACUUGACAAAGUAGUGCUGUGUUUUGCCACUCUCUCUCUCUCUACCAAGUAAGUAAUUGAUAACGGGCGUGUUUAGCAAAGCAACAAGAGCAAAACCAAACUCAACUUGAAAUUAAACAAACAAAAAUUGUGCUUUAUAUCAGCCACAUAUCUCACUCGAACACAAACCAUGAACACAUGAGAGUUGCGUGACGCUGGCAGGCGAUUACUACUUUACUUCCGAUUGCGACACGAGAACAAUGGGACAUUAAACAAUUGUAAUAAACAAACAAAAAACACACUUGAUUGUUGUUGGCUGGCCGUUUCUUCGCGAAGCUUGCGUUCGAUUCCGCGCUUAAUUCGAUAAAUUAAUUCGGGACAACGCGUAAAAUGCAUUUUUAAGCUGCGAAAAUUCGACUAAACUAUAAGAAACUCAUAACUAAACAAAUGGAAUUUUGCGUGGGCUUCCGUCAGCGGCCAUUGUGAUAUUUACAUGUAGAUGAAACAGCAAAAUACUAACAAAACACUUGACACACUCACGAAACGAUGCGAGAGUACACGAAAUUUUGACUUUAUUAGUGACUUGCGUUUGAGAGCGCCUAAAAAAUUACAAAUCUAGAAUUUAAAAUUGAUUGUUAAUGUUUAACAUUGCUUAAACAUUAACAAAAGAGCCAUUAGCUAGAAAGUUCAAACGAAGUUAAGAAACAAAACGAAAAAACUAUGCACUUUUUCUCGCAAGACAACUUUGAAUUGAAAUCAAAUACGCAAAUACAGCAAACUGCAAUUGAAACAAAUUUCAAUGAUACAUUUUUUUAUACGAAUACAGAAAUUCGAUUUUUUCGUACGCAUUACGUAUUUUUGUAACAUUUUGCUAAUUUUAAGCAAACCAACAUUUUGGAUAUUCAAACGAGUGGAAGAUUAAUCCGUCCUUGCAAAACGGACAUCCAAAAUCUAGCAUACCAACCAAUAUUUUGGAAUUUAAAUACGCACAGAACGGUAUACUGAUACAGAAGAGUCGGAUUAAUUCGUCCACAAAUCGACAAAGCUGAAAUAAGUUCAAAUUCUUCUUCAACUAUGAAAGAACAUGCAUUUCCAACUCAAAAUCUACGUCUUUUUCAACAAAUUGAGCAUCUUUCUUAAGCAUGCUUUGCUCAUUCACCGAAAACGUAAACAAAAUGACAGCUCGCAGCUUACUAAAAAUGAAUUCACCCAAAACUUCGAACUUACGAAGCAAAUUAACGUCUAAGGAAUCACACAAUAAGCUACAAACAACAAAUUACUAAAGCUAUGAACUAAGAGCUAAUAAUAAUGAGCUAAAACGAUAAAAAUUACUGAGACAACGUUGUUUUUAUAUUGUUUAGAGAGGCCUAUUUCGUAGUGAGUCAGUAAACCAGUGAAUCAAGUGCAAAAUUAUUAACAAAGUUAUUAACUAACCUAGUGAAAACAAAGUUGAUGGAGGAAAAGACACGGAUUAUUGCAGACACGACCAAUUAACUAGCAAAUGUGAAAUUCUAACGAAUGAAGAACAAACGACGCAAGGAUACGAAACUAACGAAGCUAACGAACGAAUAAAGUUUGAAUUUGACUUAUUUUGAAUACCAAAUUCGAAGUAACAACAUGUUUAUAUUUUACUUCAACGAUCUUUCAAAUAAAAGCACUAUAUUGAUUAAA